GUGGCGGCCGUGGGGUCUGGGUUUGGGGGUGGAAGGGACGCCUCCUCUUUCCUUCUCCUUUUCCCCUCUCCCCUGAACCGAGAAGCAGAGAGGCGGUGGAAAGUUUGUAGGUUCUUGGCCAAAUGUGUGUGCGCUUUCUGUAAGGCCAAGUGUCCUCUGCUGCCGAUCUAUAGACAGACAGCACCCCCAUCUUUUCUGCCAGUUUGCGGGGAGCCGUAGACAGGAUGCCACACGUUGCAUCUUCUGGGGAAAUCAAAUUUCUUUUCAAAGGUUUCCAGUGAGGGAGCAACCAUGUCACCAUUUCUUCGGAUUGGUUUGUCCAACUUUGACUGUGGGACCUGCCAGUCCUGUCAGGGUGAGGCUGUGAACCCAUACUGUGCCGUACUUGUAAAAGAGUAUGUUGAAUCAGAAAAUGGGCAGAUGUAUAUCCAGAAGAAACCAACCAUGUACCCGCCCUGGGACAGCACCUUCGACGCCCAUAUUAACAAGGGAAGAGUGAUGCAGAUCAUUGUGAAAGGCAAAAAUGUGGACCUCAUUUCAGAAACUACAGUAGAGCUCUACUCGCUGGCCGAGAGAUGCAGGAAGAACAAUGGGAGGACAGAGCUAUGGCUAGAGCUGAAACCUCAAGGACGAAUGCUCAUGAAUGCAAGAUACUUUCUGGAAAUGAGUGACCCAAAGGACAUGAGUGAAUUUGAGACCGAAGGCUUCUUCUCACUGCACCACCGCCGAGGGGCCAUCAAACAAGCCAAAGUCCACCACGUCAAGUGUCACGAGUUCACCGCCACCUUUUUCCCACAACCCACAUUUUGCUCUGUCUGCCAUGAGUUUGUCUGGGGUCUGAACAAACAGGGCUACCAGUGUCGACAAUGCAAUGCAGCAAUUCACAAGAAGUGCAUCGAUAAAGUGAUAGCGAAGUGCACAGGAUCAGCUAUCAAUAGCCGAGAAACUAUGUUCCACAAGGAGAGAUUCAAGAUCGACAUGCCACACCGCUUCAAAGUCUACAACUACAAGAGUCCAACGUUCUGUGAGCACUGUGGGACAUUGCUGUGGGGCCUGGCGAGGCAGGGGCUCAAGUGUGAUGCAUGUGGCAUGAACGUCCACCACCGCUGCCAGACCAAAGUGGCCAAUCUAUGUGGCAUAAACCAGAAGCUAAUGGCUGAAGCGCUGGCAAUGAUCGAAAGCACCCAGCAGGCUCGCUCCUUAAGAGAUUCAGAACUCAUCUUCCGAGAAGGUCCAGUCGAAAUUGGUCUCCCAUGUUCCAUCCGAAGUGAAACAAGGCAACCAAACUUCCCCACCCCUGGAAAAAGAGAGCCUCAAGGAAUCUCCUGGGAGUCACCACUGGAUGGGGCAGAUAAAAUAACGAGCCAUCAUCCACAAUCUGAACUGAACAUCGAAAAACCAUCUCAGCAGAUGAAACUGAAAAUCGAGGAUUUUAUCCUGCACAAGAUGUUGGGGAAAGGAAGUUUUGGUAAGGUCUUCCUAGCAGAGUUCAAGAAAAGCAAUCAAUUCUUUGCAAUCAAAGCCUUAAAGAAGGAUGUGGUUUUGAUGGACGACGAUGUGGAGUGCACCAUGGUGGAGAAGAGAGUCCUGUCUUUGGCCUGGGAGCAUCCGUUUCUAACACACAUGUUCUGUACAUUCCAGACCAAGGAAAACCUCUUCUUUGUGAUGGAAUAUCUCAACGGUGGGGACUUGAUGUACCAUAUUCAAAGUUGCCACAAAUUCGAUCUCUCCAGAGCCACGUUUUAUGCUGCUGAAAUCAUCCUGGGCCUGCAAUUCCUUCAUGCCAAAGGAAUUGUCUAUAGGGACCUCAAGCUAGAUAACAUCCUCCUGGACCGAGAUGGCCACAUCAAGAUCGCAGAUUUUGGGAUGUGCAAGGAGAACAUGCUAGGAGGGGCAAAGACAAACACGUUCUGUGGAACUCCUGACUACAUCGCCCCCGAGAUCUUGCUGGGUCAGAAAUACAACCAUUCUGUGGACUGGUGGUCCUUUGGCGUGCUCCUUUAUGAGAUGCUCAUUGGCCAGUCACCUUUCCAUGGGCAAGAUGAAGAAGAGCUCUUCCACUCCAUCCGCAUGGACAAUCCUUUUUACCCACGGUGGCUCGAGAAGGAGGCCAAAGACCUUUUGGUAAAGCUCUUUGUGAGGGAGCCUGAGAAGAGGCUGGGAGUGAAGGGGAACAUCCGCCAGCACCCUCUGUUUCGGGAGAUCAACUGGGAAGAACUUGAGAGAAAGGAGAUCGACCCCCCAUUCAGACCUAAAGUGAAAUCACCCUGCGACUGUAGCAAUUUCGACAAAGAAUUCUUAAGUGAGAAGCCCCGGCUGUCAUUUGCCGAUGGAGUGCUGAUCAACAGCAUGGACCAGAACAUGUUCAGGAACUUUUCCUUCAUGAAUCCAGGCAUGGAGGGGUUCAUCUCCUGAACCUCCUCUGUCAGCAGACUGGAAGGAAUUUCCUUCCCUCCGGGAACUGGUUCAAGUAGCACUUCUUGGGUUCCUUUUUCAAGUUGGAAGAGCGAAGAAACACUCAAUAGAGGCUGAGAUCUUUUAGCUCCUCACAUGAUUUUUUUUUUAUCUGUAGCAGAAACCAACUCUGCUUUCAUUAAUGACAACACCUUGUUUUUUAUCUGCUGGCAUCUUUCAUGGAGUUAGGUCAUUACUAACCCUAGGGGUUUACUUGAAAACAAAAUGGCUCCCCACACUGUGAAGGAUUUGAAACUUAAGCCUGCUUUAAGUGAUGGCUCUUCACUAGGGUACCAACGGCUCAUGGAUAGAAUGCUUGAUGAAUGGAGGAACAAGCAGAAAUCACUUUUCAAGACCGAAGUAGCUCAUUGCCUGGCAUCCUCAGUCAAGGCCAAGGAGCCACUUAACCUCUUUCAUUCUGUGGAUAUCUGAGGAUGUGUAAAUGGCUGAGGGUAGGGGCUGAUUAAAUUUUCAUGGGAUUCUUCACAAUAAACAUAGCUUGUAACUUGAGUUUUACCGAUAUGUUCAUUCUGAUUGGCCAUGACAUUCCCAGGAAAUGAGAAAGAUGGCAAAUGGGCAAAGCUCAUGUCAGUGUUAAGAAAGGUUGACUAGAACACUUAACGCUGGGUAUCUUGUCCAUAGAGAAAUUAAGUUUAAAGUCCAACAAAGAGAAUGUGAUUUUAUUCCUUCUCCCAAAACCCUGCUGUCUCCCAUCUCUUCUUGGCUGAUUUCCAUUGGCCAUCCUCACAUCUCAAGGCAAAACAAGAAACAAAGUGUACAAUUAUUCUAAGAAAAAAGAGAGCCCAUCUCUUAUUAUACCAUUACUGGGGAUUUCAUGGCAAGUCUGUAGGUAUCCUGCAAGAUAAAUGACUCAUGCAUGCUAUAGGUAGUCGUCCAUCUUGUUUAAUUAAAAGUAUAAUUAUACAUUUGAAAGUAUUUGUGUUUGUAUAGUUCGAUAAAGUGUUGUGACUUAAGGACAAAGAAGUAGAUACAUAAAAUGGAAUUUUAAAACAGAGGAAGAUAUCUCUUAAUAGUUUAAUUUCUAGUCCCCUACCCCCAAAGAACUUGCUUCUGUCAUGUUGAUCGCCAAAAUGUAGCCAAUGUUGAAUGGAUGUCUUAAAAUUUGGAAAUCAUUAAAAAUUCCCCAGAUGGUUCUAGUA